AUGCGGGCUCGAGGGGUACCCGCUACCUUGCUACUGUUGCUCUUUGCAAUAGAGGCUCUGGACGCAAAUCGAAGAAAACAAAAAGACAAGGUGAUCCCAAACACCAUCAACAUAUGUGACAUCAGUGAUAGGGACUCCAAAGUCCACUGCUACUGCGAACAAAGCCAAGAGUACAACGAAGCAGAGAAGACAGAAUGCUGGGUCUUCAACGGAGGGAUACAAAAGUCAGACCCACUGUGGUCCAGCUUCUCUUCACAGUCAAACAUUCAAACCCUCGCGUUCAACGUAAGGGCAGACGGAGGCCUCGACUUUGUCCCAACAAAAGUCCUGCAAUUCCUCCGGAGACUCAAAAAUUUCAGCAUCAAAUUCAGCUCUAUACCAAAAAUAGACUCAUACACCUUCGCCAAUUUAUCAGCAGUACAAGAGAUGACAUUCACAAAAAAUAAAAUAAAAAUACUAAGCAAAUACGCAUUCUACAACAUGCCAAAUUUAACUGUGCUCACUUUAGACGAGAACAGAAUAACAGAGCUUGUAACAGAUACGUUCUACUCGCUCCCGGCUCUACAGAAACUUUAUUUCACUAGUAACAACAUAAGCGUAAUACAAGAUGGAGCGUUCAGACAUCUUGUCAACUUACUAGAAUUAGAAUUGGAUAGAAAUAAUAUAAGUGAGCUGAAGAAAGAAAGUUUUAACGGUCUCGCUAACCUUCAGCGUCUAGAUUUAAGAAGAAACAAAUUAGCUGUACUAAACUCAUUCACUUUCACCGAACUAUGGAAUCUUCAGGAAUUGUUGUUAGAUUAUAAUGAUAUUUAUAUUAUGGCGCAGAGAACCUUUGAUGGGCUGUCGCUGUUAAAGAAGCUAAGUUUGAGUCAUAACAAACUUGUGACCCUGCCAAGUGGGCUCUUUGAAGGAGUCAGAGGUCUCACAGCAUUAAAUCUAAGACACAAUAAGCUACAAAGAUUCACAUUUGACAAUCUUCGUCCAAUAUACGAUAAUUUGAAGAAUAAGAAUAGUUAUAUCUAUCUUGAAGGAAACGACUUCGACUGCAAUUGUCAUCUGGCGUGGAUGCAUAGACUCAGGCACGAAGCGAAGAGCGUGAAAGUGCGAACGUCUCUAGAAAAUUUCAUUUGCAAAUUCAAUGUGGACCCGUCAAUGAAUUCGCACCUCGCUUAUUUUGAAAGGAGCGUCAUAAGCUCGAAUAAUUUGUAUGAGAUUGACGAUAAAAGUGACAUAAAGGAUUAUUCUGACACGGAUGACUUUUUCCACGAAGAAGCAGAUGAAAUUUACGAUGAGCCAAAGUUGGCGAAGAAGGCGAAUGACAAAACGCUACUACAGAUUCCCGUUGAAUUAUUACCAUGUCCACAAGAAAUAAAAACGGUCACAGACAGGACGUACACUUAUCCUUCUCAGAAUGAAGCGAAAGAUUAUAGGAAUCUUAUCCUUAAUUCGAGGUCACACAAAUACGAAGAUCCCAUCAAGCUUUGA